CCUUUGCAUCUAUAUAAUUAUUCCUAGUCCGAUUACAUCUAUAUUGCCCGCUGGCAGCUUGCAGGAGACAUUUCUGCUCUUAAUACUUGUAAAUCUAGUGUGCGUUGUCCUCCCGUCGCUGCUCUUCGUGUAAGAUCUUCAGUCAUGAAGCAAGACAUUAGUUCAUUGUUGUCUGGAACUAGUUUGUUGAUAUCCUUGUUGUGUUUGGCUGGUGUUCUGCACGUGGAGUUUAGACUCUACGCACACGAACACUUCCAAAAAACAGCUCCUGAUAUCAAAGACUCCAAAGCAAUGGAAUCAUCUACAGCUGAGGCGAAUCAGGGAAAAGUUAAGAUGAACAAACAGCAAGGACUGUUGGAUCGUAAUCAAUUAGUUUUGGCCGGUAGUUCAGAGUAUUUUCAUCRUAGUCUAAAGAACGACAAAAAACAAGAGCCUCUUCUUAGGAUACGCCGCAGCAGCCCUAACACCACCUUAACCUCUGCUAUCAGACGGCAAAUCAGAAAGGAAUUGAAAAAUAUCGUGAAAGACAAGAUCUGCACGAGAGACCAGAGGAUGUGCCUACGAGGACCCAAAGGAGAUCCAGGACCUCAAGGGCCAAAAGGUGACCAGGGUCCUGAAGCUCCAAAAGGAGAUAAGGAACCUCAAGGGCCGUCUGAGUCCGUUGAUUCCCAUAAACACAGGGUAUCCAAUACAAAAUCAGAAUCAGUCCCUUCUAUAACAAAACCACCAAAAGCUCUUGUUGUCAAUCAGAGUAGCAUGGCAAUGUUUAAUUGUCUUAUUAAUGGGAAUCCCRGCCCAAAAGUCACGUGGUCGAGGCUUAAUGCAUCGCUUCCAGUUGGUCGUCACGUGGCUCAUUCCAAUGGAAGUCUGUCAAUCAAAAAUGUGAUAUCAAAGGACAGUGGAAACUAUAUUUGUACAGCAACGAAUGCUCACGGUAUGGURCAGGCACAGACAAGUUUGACAGUGCAAGUGCCACCUCGUCUGAUCCAAAGACCCAAACCCCUUAGCAUCAAAGAAGGACAAGAUUUGCAYCUCGCAUGUGCUUCAUCUGGUGUCCCAUCACCCAAGAUAUCAUGGUCUAGAUCCWCAGGAACCCUGCCAGAACGAACAAUUACGUCAUAUACAGGGAGCUUGAGAAUAAYUGACGUAGGAAUCAAUGRUGAUGGUACCUAUGUGUGUACAGCUGAGAACCUCCUGGGACGUGUAACUGCACAUGCGCGGGUAACAGUUAUCCCUUCUCUAGUUUUCUUAAUCAAACCACCACCAACGUCAACGUAUGUUUUAGGUAGACGUCUAGUACUUCACUGUCAAGCCUCCAUGUCUGCAACUAUAGUAUGGGAGAAGGAUGAUAAACCUGUKCACAKUGUGAAARGCCMAGCGUCAGUYWACUCUAAUGGCACACUAGUCAUUACUAAAUGUACGACCCAAGAUGCAGGRCAGUACGUUUGCGUUGCUAAGAUUAAACAACGGAAGAUAAAGACAGGAGUUGAAGUAAAGAUAAGAAUACCACGAUCCCCAGAUGACCUCAAARAAAUAGCACCAAAGAGCUGCAGUGAGUUGAAAGAGGUAUUACCCCACACACCCUCUGGGAAUUACGUCAUCGACCCUGAUGGUCAAUCAGGACAGCCUGCAUUUAGUGUGUUUUGCAACAUGAAUGAUAGAGGACGUGUGGGUGUGACUUCCUUUAGUCAUGAUAGCGAGGGCAAGAUACCAGUCCUUGGAGUACCCAUGAUGCCUGGUUCUUACCGUCAGACUGUCAGUUAUGGAUCAACCAUGGCUCAAAUAACAGCACUAACCAACAUCUCGUCAAACUGUGAACAAUACAUUGAAUUCGAGUGCACAGGAGACGUGAUGUUUAUUACCGCUGGGUUCGCCUGGUGGGUAUCACGUGACAAUGUGCGACAAGAUUAUUGGGGAGGGGCUACACCCGGAAGUAAGAAGUGUGCUUGUGGUAUGACUAACUCCUGUCAGGGGGAGCCAGGGGGGUGUAACUGUAAUAACAAGCUGCUUGGAACCCGCAGUGACAGUGGUCUGUUGACUGACAAAUCCACGCUGCCCGUCACUCAGUUAAGGUUUGGAGAUACUGAUGAUUAUAAUGAACGCGGUUAUUAUAGACUUGGGGACCUGAAGUGCUAUGGACAGAUCUGAUCACAUACAGUUUGAAAGUAUAUCUUACAAGCAUGAGUAAUAGAGCUUCAAAACUCACGGUGACGUAUUUCCAGGUCCAAUUGUUCGUAACAAUUUCUUAAACAUUUAGUCUCUACCUUUGGCGUUAGUAAACUGUGGAUUGACGGAUCUUGGUAUGGUGGAACCUGCAGAACAACCUCGAAAAAAUAUAUUUAAUGCACAUUUAUGCAAAAAGACAUUUCUAUCGAUUUAACAUAAUGCUGAUUUUUUUACAAUAUUUACGACAAUGCACUUUUUAAAAAUCAUAAAUAGCCUGUACUCUAUAGCUUGUAUAUUAACGUCACUUUAAAGUCUGCAUGAUCAUGAGUUAGAAAUAUAGUUCCCUCUCAGCUUUUGCUUUGCCGGGCCGUUUUCCCGAUAAGUAAGAUGGCCGCGUAAUAAAYGAGGAGGUGAAUUGGACGUGAGCUUUUCUUUUGUUGUUAUUCUUUUAUUUCAUUUUAGCCUGAAGAAAUUAAAAGAAAGAAAAAUUGAUUCUUUGUAGCUUCGUUAACGUCGUCGUUUCUUUGUUUAGUAAAAACGCAGCUAUUUUGCUUGACGCUCAUUUCUAGUUCUUCUUAUUCCAAUGAAGUUAGUUAGAGCUAUGCAGCAGGUCAAACAAUAAGAAACGACUUA